UAUGUGUAUAUUCAUUAUUAAAUUGCAAUGUAGCAUUUGAACAAAUUGGACAAGUAAUGUCAGCAGUUCUUAAUUUAGUAAAUAUUCAGCCAAAUAAAUUGCCAUCUGUUGGAACAAUUCAUAAUUGGUCGAUUGAACGUGGAUUAAUAUCAAAAAAACAAACGGCAGAUUUAGUAACAAAAGAAAAUACAACCUUGCAUAGUGAUGAAACUUCAAAAUAUGGCACUAAAUGGGGAGCAUUUGCAACAAGAGAUGAUGAUGGUUGUUACACUCUUCUCGGUUUGCAAGAAAUGGCAACAAAGUCAAGUGAUGACACUUUAGAUACAUUUAAAAACAUACUCAAAGAUAUAGAGAGUGUUUCUUCUGAUGGUGUUGGAAACAAAAUAUUAUUCAAUAUAAAAAAUACUAUGUCCGAUCGUGCAUCUACUGAAAAAAAAUUCAAUGAAUUACUUAAAGAUUACAGAAAUUCUAUAUUACCAGAAGUAUUUAAUAAUUAUGAUUCAUUUUGUGAAGAAGAAAAAAUUGCAUAUUCUAAAAUGAAUAAUUUUUUUUGUGGACUCCACACUCUUGUUCAUUUAGCUGAAACUGCUCAAAAAACAUUAUUAGAAACAGAAAAAUUACAUUUCAACAAUGACAUUCCUAAACUAAAUAAACAUUUUGAUAAACCUUCUCAGCCAGGUACAAUACGGCUUAUUCAUACAUCUUGCAAAGCAUUUGCAAGACGGGGUGAUGCAAAGAACGGUUGCCAUAGUAACUUUUUAACUUUUCUGAGUGACACUUUAAAAAAAGAAAAAAUGUCAUUUCCAUUGCAGCCUUUAAAAGGCAACCGAUUUAAUAUUCUUUUCACAAAUGCUGGACAAAUUUAUUACUUUUUAAAUCAUAUGUGUGAAUUUUUGGAUAAAACACCAAACCUUAAUUUACUGUUGGCAUCUGUAUUACAUGAUUUAAAAGAAGAUUUUUUUUGUAGCAGGUUGUAAGGCUCUCGGCCUUGUUUCAAAACUUAUUACAACACCAUUUUGGAAUGUGCUUGAAAACAAUGAAAUUAGUAUAUCUAUGUUUAAUGAUCGUUUGAUUAUACUUGCUGAUUACCUUAAACAUGCCUCAUCACACAUUGAGGAUUUUAUUUGUGGAAAAAUGAUGUUGUAUGAUGAUGUGCCUGUUAAAGAAGAUAAAAUAUAUAAAUACCUCUUGGAAAGUUCUGAAAUUGAUAAGCAUGUUAUUGUUAUACUCAGUGUUAUGUUACCUGCAUUCGCUCAAUUAAUCAAAAAUCAUUAUAAAGAACAUCUUCCUGGUGGUGCAUUGGUCAACCUAAAUCUCAUACAAACUAAGAGUGUAGAUAAACACAAUAAAUUCCCAGAACGUGUUUUUUCUUAUGUAGAUCAUCUGCUGUCUUGCAAACCCAACAUUAAUACAAUAACUAUGGAAUCACACAUUACAUUUUCA